AAAGCCAGAACAAAAAAAGUUCGAAACUUUGAAGAGCUUUAGAGCCGCUGGUCCCUCCUCUCCAACUGUCACACCAUGCGACUGCCUCGACCCUCGAAAGUUUCUCUCUCUUCUUCUUGAAACGUUACGGUCCGAGAAUCAUUUGAGGAUGGGGACUAAUCUAAUCGGUAGAGAGAGAGAGAGAGAAAUAGACAAAGGGAGGGGGGGAGAAACGAUAGUUGUUCAUUGAUUAACAAUUUUUUCCUUGAAUUAUUACACUAUCAGCAACACCGGCAACGACGAUACCCACUUGUUAGAAUAACGUGAAGAUGCUGCGGCUUUGAGCAGAAGUUGGUGUCAUGUCGGAGAAAUUAUUUCUUCAUUUGUUUAAUUUAUCAUCUGCAGCAAACCAGCCUCGUACGCCGAAUGUAUUUUAUUUGGUAUAUUCCUUACAAAAUUUCGUUUCUCUUUACAUGGUUUUGAUCCAAUCUGAGCUGAUCCAGCUAUGACGUUAAACAUUCUCAGUCCUUUCGGAAUUCUUUCUUUUUUACUUCCCCCCAUCGGCUUGACCAGAUCUCUUCUCGUCAAAGCUAUAGAAUAACCACGCUUUCUCGGAGUUUGUUUAUAGAUUAAUCGGCUUUUGGUUGUUCGAGGAGGUGGAAAUUCAUGGGUCAUUGAGAAGCAGGUGCUUCGAUUCGGUUCCAAGUGUUUUCACUGUAGCGGAAGUUUGGAUCUUGCUUGGGGAAUUGUUGACUGGACCAAGAAAUGAAGAUUUUUUGCGCAGUGAUUGGCUCAAGAUGUAAAAUUUGCUGAGAUAGCUGCUUCGUCGAAGAGGGUAUUGAAGAUCCACAUUUUAAUUUUUGACUUGGAGAUGGGGUGUCAGUUCUCCAAAUUGGCACCAUGUUGCUGGGAGUCACAAUUCAAUGGAUCUGUCCUCGAAGUUCCUGAUGUUGAGAAAGAUGAGGUGGUCGAACCUAAUUCCUUGCCCGCAUUCCGAGAGUUCACGUUCGAGCAGCUUAAGAAGGUGACGUCAGGUUUUGCAGUGGAGAAUAUUGUGUCGGAGCAUGGAGAGAAGGCUCCCAAUGUCGUCUACAAAGGAAAGCUAGGGGACCAGAAGCGAAUUGCUGUCAAGCGAUUCAAUAGAAAUGCUUGGCCUGAUUCCCGGCAAUUUUUGGAGGAGGCAAAGUCAGUUGGCCAGCUGCGAAAUAACAGAUUGGCAAAUUUGCUGGGUUGUUGCUCUGAAGAUGAUGAGAGGUUGCUUGUUGCAGAAUACAUGCCCAACGAAACGCUUGCAAAGCACUUAUUUCAUUGGGAUUUGCAACCCAUGAAAUGGCCUAUGAGAAUGAGGGUUGUCCUUCAUAUUGCCCAAGCACUGGAGUACUGCACAAGCAAAGGGCGCACGCUAUAUCAUGAUCUUAAUGCAUAUAGAAUUCUGUUUGAUGAGGAUGGUAAUCCUAGACUUUCAACCUUUGGCCUCAUGAAAAAUAGUAGGGAUGGCAAGAAUUAUAGCACAAAUUCGGCAUUUACACCUCCAGAGUACCUGAGAACAGGCAGCGUAACGCCAGAAAGCGUUAUAUAUAGUUUUGGUACUCUUCUACUUGACCUCCUAAGUGGAAAACAUAUACCCCCAAGUCAUGCCCUCGACUUAAUAAGGGAUCGGAAUCUGCAGACGUUGAUAGAUUCUUGCUUGGUAGGACAGUUUUCUGAUGACGAUGGGACGGAGUUGGUACGCUUGGCUUCCAGAUGUUUACAAUAUGAACCUCGAGAACGUCCAAAUCCAAAGUCCUUAGUAGCUGCGUUAACUCCAUUGCAGAAGGAGGUUGAGGUUGCUUCUCACGUACUUAUGGGGAUCCCCCACAGAGCUUCUUUAUCUCCUCUAUCCCCUUUUGGUGAGGCUUGUUCGAGAAAGGACUUGACUGCAAUACACGAAAUCCUAGAAAAUCUCGGAUAUAAAGAUGAUGAAGGAUUAACAAAUGAGCUCUCUUUUCAGAUGUGGACAGACCAAAUGCAGGACACAUUGAACUUGAAGAAAAAGGGCGAUCUUGCUUUCCGCCAGAAAGAUUUCACGGCAGCAGUUGAUAUCUACACACAGUUCAUCGACGCGGGAACCAUGGUUUCUCCGACAGUUUUUGCACGCCGCAGUCUGUCUUACCUAAUGAACGACAUGGCUCAGGAAGCUCUGAAUGACGCAAUGCAAGCCCAAGUCGUUUCCCCAGUGUGGCACAUCGCGUCAUACCUUGAGGCUGCGGCCCUCAUAGUGCUAGGGAUGGAGGCCGAAGCGCAGGUCACUCUUAAGGAAGGCACGGCUCUGGAAGCUAAGCGGAGUACAAACACUGGCCAAAAAUGAAAUAUGACUCUGCAGCACAUAUUGGACUCCGCUAUUUUGCUCAGAUGAGCGAUUUAUUACAGGAGCACUCGACGACUGAAGCAUUUUCAAUGUGCUUAUCUUGAUGAUACGAUUUGUCCCUUCUCCCCGUGCA